AUGAGCCGACGAGCGCGUUUCGAGAGAACCUCCGGGUCAACUUAUGAUGAUGAUGAACUUUCCGUACCUUCAGAAAUAUCCAUUUCUUCAGAUAUCAAUCCCACAACUAUAGACGAUCCUGCUCCUAAUCCCAUCAAUUAUAGUGCCACAUACUCCACAUAUACCCCUAAUGUCGACUCGUCCCGGUUUAUAACGUUUGGCUUGCACCGACGAGUGUUUCGAUGGAUAUAUUCCAUCUCUUUGUUCAUUUUGACGAUUCUUCUUCUUGGUUUGGCAUCCCCAACUCCCAUAGAUGUCAUUGCACAAACGUCUGGAGCAUCGUCACCGGGAAUCAAGCUCUUUAUUGUGAUCAUCGUGUGUGUUGUGUUUCUUGUAGUGGCCAUUGUGAUGUAUUUUCUGCGGAUUUUCCAGCACAGAAUGGCAUUAAAUGACAUUCCCACGAGAUCAAUGUACAUUCCUGGCGAGGGAGACCUUCCCAAGAGUGCUGUGGCGAUGAUAAACAAGAAACUAAAGCAUUGUGUGACGGUUGUAAAGGUAAAGGCUGGACCUAUGUACUGUGACUCUGUCAUAAAUCACCCUGGCUUGUCACCGCCAGUUUACGUUCAAGAAAGAAAUGCCGAUAGAUUUGGACCAACGCUGGCAGGAACAUACUUUCCUCCUGAGUCGUGUUAUGAAGAUGUGAUUCGAAGCUUGGGCGACAAGUUUCGAGAAAAUUCAACGUUUAUUCAUCGAUUCGAUUAUCCACCCAAUUACUCAAUGCGAGAGAUCUUUAUUUAUUUAUACGAUCACUAUGCAAAUGAUCCUACGAUUCUUCCAGAACAUCUUCCGGAAAUAGAAAAGUUGAUCAAACUCUACGAAAAAAUGAAAUUUGGACGUCAACUCAUUAAUGAACAGGAUCUUUUUGAAUUCAUGGUUGAAUUCAACAAGUUUGGAACCUUAUUCCAUCAUGUCAACGAACAUAGUCCAAACCACGAACCACCACCCAUGAGCGCCCAAGACUCAUCUUUCAUUGAUAUUCCAACUUCCGAACCCAAUCCUAAGCAUUUAGAAACCUACUUUGACGGAGUUGAAAGCGACGAAGACACUUAUUCGCUCAAAGUGAAACAUUAUUAUGGCAGUGAAAGCGAGUCGGUAAACAAUGCUCCCAUAAGCAAAACAUCGAGUCACCGAUCGGUGGUGAGAAACAGACUCGCCAUAAGCUCCAAUGCCAGUUUGGCUGCAACAAGAUAUUCCGGUUACGUCACCGACGAACUGUCUACCGUAUAA